GACUCGAACAUGACAUUGUGCUCUCACUUCAAAGGCCCUUACGAUGGCGGCAUAAAGCGUCUUCCAUCGCCAGAGUAAUAUCACGAUCUCGCGCUGAUGGUGCAGAAAGAACGUCCGGUUCUUCCGCGAGAACAUGUUUUUCGGCUUCUGCCACCCCAUGAGGGGUCGUCCGGCUUGGCUCAAGAAACUCCAGGUGCGGCAGUGGGGCGCGGGAGUCCGAUUCAAGACGCUGGGGUUCGGGUCAAGGGGCGCGCACGCAGUGUUCACACGCAGGUCGGCCCGGAUGCUCCUCGGAACACGUCGGACUUGCAUUCUCAUGGUACAGGGACUCAACGGGUCGAUACUCCGAAACUCAUCAAGGUCCGCUGCGGCGGCGACACGUAUUCGCUUCGAGAUGAGACGAGAAGAGAAUCCGGCAGAUCGGGGCAAGGUGUCGAAGGGAAUGAGGCUGAAGGGGUGGGAGCUGUCCGCGAAAGCUCUGGCGGGGAGCAGACUCCUUCGGAGAAGAAGUACGAGCGACAGAGGAUGGUGCGAGAGGAGGUGGCGGAAGGAACCCUCCGCAUGAAGAGGAUGAGAGGAAAAUCGGAGGCGGUGAUGGGGGGGGAUGGAGGUGACGUCGGAGAACAUGCCUCGGGAAAGAGGCCGCCGAAGGAAGAGAGUGGGACGGCAAGUAAGAAAGCGAGGAGGCCCGGCGGUUUGACCAUUCACGAAGGACAAGCCGUGGGUGGAGGAGAUUCGGUUGAUCCAGGCGCUGCGGCCGCGAGAGAACCGUCGAGGAAAUCAAAACGGAAAGUGGCAGCUGAAGAAGGCGAUGGUCAGAAGAAACCUCGAAGGCGGAAGACUACUGAGGCGGCGAGCGGGGGCGAACGGCUUGUCGGUGAGGAGUGCGAUGAAGCGGCAGCGUUCUGGCUCGAAUACGAGUGGAACGAUGGCGGUGAAAUCGUGGAGAAGGAGCUCCCCGUCCAACUGCUCAUCGACCCCAGGAAGGUCAGUCUCAACGAGAAUACGAGACACAAGAUGUCUAAGCAGCAAUCGCAGAAGGCCGUGUUCUUGGACAUGUGGGAGGCAUGGGAGAAAGAAGGAAGGCCUAUGGCCAAUCAAGGGAACCCUUCCGGCAAGGAGGCCAAAAAACGAAAGUUUUUCGAAUUUCAAAAGCUGAUUUUGGGAAAGAGUCCGAACGAACCUCACUGGGCGUUAGCAGAAAAAGAUUUGUCGCUUGCCGACAAGGAGUAUGUCGCUGCCGUUGGCAAUGCAUUGAGGCAGUGGAUGCCGCUCGUGACGGUCGGUGAUGACGUUUUCCGCAAAUUCAUGGGCUUCUAUGCGAAAUGGGCGGAGGGGAAGUUGUUGGGCGGCGACGGCAAGACGCCAUUGUCGAGGUCGGGCAAAUACAUGCCAGACAAAUCUCCGGGUCUGCAAGGAAUUCCGGAAAUGGGCUCGAAAGGGGCAACUGGUGAAACGAAGAUGGGGUGGCUCGUCCGGGUCCCGCCGCCUCCGACCAAAAAGAAAACGCAAGCGGACGAUAAGUUUUUUGUGGUCGUGAAGGAGCUUGACAUGUUCUGUUGGCAGUGUCUCGCCGACAUGACGGAUGUCGAUAAACUGUCGAUCCUUGACGACAUUCUCGCGCUAAGGGGAGUGUUCAUGCAAUCCGCAGGCGGCCAUCUGAAGCGUCAGCAUAAACCAAGAAUUAAAGACAUGGUCGCGACGAGGAAAGUGGACCGUCUGAUGCUCCGUAUGUUCCACUACAUCUUGUUACUUGAAACAGAGGAGGACGAACAUGUUUGGCGUCACGGGAGCCCUUUUUUUCAGACCGAGGGGAAGCUUCUGGAGGAGUUCGGGCCGCACGGCCUCACGAAACAGGUGUAGGUCGAAAUGCGAAAGCAUUUCCAAGACGCAG